AUGGGUUGUGCGGUGAGCACCACCGGCGAGAAAGAAGCUGCGGAAAGGUCUAAGAAGAUCGACAAGGAUCUCAGAGCCGAUGGGGAACGGGCCGCCAGUGAGGUCAAGCUCCUCUUGCUUGGAGCUGGAGAAUCUGGAAAAUCUACUAUAGUAAAACAAAUGAAAAUUAUCCAUGAAACUGGCUAUAGUAAAGAAGAAUGUGAACAAUAUAAACCUGUAGUUUGUAGUAAUACAGUUCAAAGUCUUAUGACAAUAAUUAGAGCCAUGGGUCAACUUAGAAUUGACUUUGCAGACCCUAAUAAAGCGGAUAUAGCACGUCAAUUCUUUACCCUAGCUUCUGCAGCAGAGGAGGGUGAGCUAACUGGGGAACUGGCACUAUUAAUGAAACGAUUAUGGCAGGACGCUGGAGUACAACUUUGUUUCACACGUAGUAGGGAAUACCAGCUCAAUGAUUCUGCGGCAUAUUACCUUAAUGCUUUAGAUCGUAUAGCACAACCUAAUUAUAUUCCUACUCAGCAAGAUGUUCUUAGAACACGUGUGAAAACAACAGGAAUAGUAGAAACACACUUUUCUUUCAAAGGCUUACAUUUUAAAAUGUUUGAUGUGGGUGGUCAAAGAUCAGAAAGAAAGAAAUGGAUACACUGUUUUGAAGGAGUUACUGCAAUCAUAUUUUGUGUUGCAUUAAGUGGAUACGACUUGGUUCUUGCAGAGGAUGAAGAAAUGAAUAGAAUGAUAGAGUCGAUGAAAUUGUUUGAUUCUAUCUGUAAUAGUAAGUGGUUUGUUGAAACAUCAAUCAUUUUAUUUCUAAACAAAAAAGAUCUUUUUGAGGAAAAGAUCACUAGGAGCCCAUUGACUAUUUGUUUCCCAGAGUAUAAGGGUGCUAAUACAUAUGAAGAAUGUGCUUCUUACAUUCAAAUGAAAUUCGAAAAUUUGAAUAAAAGAAAAGAUCAGAAACAAAUUUACACACAUUUUACAUGUGCUACCGACACAUCUAAUAUACAAUUUGUGUUUGAUGCUGUAACCGAUGUUAUAAUCAAAAACAAUUUGAGUAAUUGUGGUUUAUUAAGUUAAACAUACCAAUAUCUUAUUAAAUCAAAAUGAGUAAAUUGAUAUCUAAGAUGUAUAAACUUACGUGAGUGCACAAAGGAUACACAUGAGACUGAGAACAAAUUGUUAGGAACAGAAAUAUAAUUUGGGUAUACCAUCAUGUAUACCAAUAAUGCUAUCUCUCCAUUUUGUCAUCUCCUGUUGGUUUUUACAAUAUUUUUAUACUAUGAAUAAUAGUACUAUGAAAUAAUUUGUUAGAUCCUUAUCUAUAUCUUUCUCAUGCAAAAUAUCAUGACAUUUCGUUGUAAUUGGUUACUUUUAACUUAUUACUUUAUUUUAAAUGACUAAUGUAAAAUUGGAAUGUUUGAAAAUUUAAAUUGUUAUCUUAAUAAAAGAGCAGAUACUGUUUUCAAACAAACAAAUAUCUGGUCUCACUGCUAACUGUGUUUAGUAUAUUAACCAGAACUAGUUAGCUAUUAAUUUAGUAAUACCAUUUUGUAUAUAAUUUAUUCAUUAAAAAUAAUAUGUUUAUACUGAAUGGAAAUGUAUUUCCAUAACAGUGCUCGAAGCUAUUCAUUUCUCUUAUAAUAAUUUGUCCAUACUGCAAUGACAGACACAGUUCAUCAUGUUGACAAUAUAUAUUUAUACAAGCUAAAUUUGAUAAAAAAUUUUGUAAAAAAGACAAGGACCUUUUUAUACGUAUCAUUAAAUAAUGUUUAAAGGGUUGUCAUUAUUGCUCUAUCUGCCAAACAAAUGACAAUGUUAGAAUUAGUUACAGAUUUAGAAAACAGUCUUAUUAUAUUGAUGAAAUAAAUAAAAAACUUUUUUAAAAAAGUGAUAUUUUUUUGAAAUCCUAUGCUUGCCGUUCUGAAAUACAGAGUGAUGGUAGCAGAUUAGUGAAUUUUAGAAAGUAACAAAAUACAUAAUGUAUUUGGUGUAUGUAGGAAACGUAUGUAAAUUACAAAAGUUUUUCUCUUUUUUCACUAAAGUCAUCUCUAUUUACAUUUCCAUCAAAUAGAUACAUGAUUCAAUUUAUAAAAAUGUUUAAGUUCAUGUAUUUUUAAUAUUGUUUUAGAUUUGUAAAUCAUGUCAUUUUAGAUUUGUAACGUUUUCGCGAAAUUUUCCGUUUAGAAAAGACUCAUAGAAAUGAUAAUACUCACACAUUAAGUACUUAUUAUUCCAAAUCUUCCACAAUAAUUAAGAAUAUUUCCUUCGUUGUAUAAACACAGAAUCUCAUUUUAGUUGUAAUUCGUAUCGAUCUCUAUAUUAUAUGUAUAUGUACAAUAAUACAAUACAUGUGAAGCUACAAAAUAAAUAUAGUAAUAUUUUGUUUUUC